UUCAGAUAUGAAUUUGAGUUAAUAUGGGUGAGGUCAAGCUGGCCUACACAAACUCUGAUGAGAGAGGAGUCCAGGAAGUCAGGACUCAGAUGGACCCCCUCUCUGAGCUCCGCAACCAAAUCCUACAGCUGCUCUGCAACAGACUUAGUGACAACUCCAUUCUGGUGAUGCAGGAGGAGCUGCAGCUCAUGCAGAGGAGCUCGUACUACUUGGAAGUCCAUAGUGUUAACUUGCUACCAACUGCAGAUGAGCAGCAGUACACAGUGUGGUACCUCACUGACCCACGGAGGAAGCGUUGUGCCAUGACUCUAGCUAACACCCAGGUGAGGCUCCUCCUCAGUUUUCUGGGAUUGCUCUACAAAGAGAUCAUCAGAGGCUGUCGGGAACUGGAGGCCUUCAUCAAAAAAUAUGACCAGGGUUUGGUGGACAGUGAGAUGGCAGCUUCCAUGAGGAAGAGGCUUCAGCAGACCCAGCAGUACAUGUACAAAUUUGAGAGCAGAUUGACACGUAACCUCCGCCCGCUGGACCUGCAGAACAUGCUCAUUCCCAACACAGGCAUCUUCCCCAUGCAACAGUUCAGUGCAUCACUGGCCAUUAAGAUGCCAGUGGUGUUUAAAAGGUUGGAGUCACGCGCAACAUCCAACUCUGUGCAUCUUUCUUGGGAAAUCGCAGGCAAGCAGUCCAAUGAACUGAACCAACAGUUUGAGAUCCAUGUAACGAGUCUUCACCCGACUGUUGCUGAGCCUGACCAGUUUUCUAUAUCUACAUGCCAGUCGUACAACAUCCAGUUCACCAACCUGACACCUGACACGUGCUAUAUGUUCUCUGUGAAGAGAGCAGAUGCUGUAAACUUGGUGUAUGAACUGUGGAGUGACAGCAUCAUGCUGAAGACUUUGGAUAUUUCCAAGUAAGAGCAGGAUGUCAUCUUUUGGAAAUGGAAAGAAUGAGUAGAAGUCACAUUCACAGCCUAUGAUGUAUACUUACAUAGAGAAAUGUAUUUUACCUUCUUCAAAUGAGACGACUAAUAACAUAAAAUAAAUAACUUGUAGGACAACUGUUUUAAGUGCACAUUACUUGAUUCUCACAUU